AUGAAAGAAUACAAUUUAAAGAAUAAUUUCAUAAAAUGUAAGCCGUUAAAUACACCAAAUAAAAACAUAACAUCUUUCUUCGAUAAGAUAGAGAGUUGUCCUCUUGUUAAAGAUAUCUAUAGAUACCCAUUAUAUUCUUUUCCAGUGAUCAAUGUUGUUAUUCUUUCUGAUAAAAUCUUUGUUAUAAAAGAAGUUGAUGAUCUACCAGUUAAAGAUAUUAUUGUAAAUGAGGAUUACUCAAUUUUAGAUAAAUGUUUGUAUUUAAGUGACAUAAACUCAUUUAAAAAAUACAUCAGUCAAUUAGAAUCAAGAAAUUUUUUUAUUAGAAUAUUAUUCUAUGAUUGGAUGAAUAGGAAUCAGAAAAUUUCUUUGAUUGAUUUAAUAAUAAGAGAAUUACAAUUGAAGGGUGUUAUGUUACUGCCUCUGUCAUUUUGUUUUCACAUGUGUCAUAAUCUGUAUAAAAAGUCUAAGCCAAAUACUUCUGGUAUCAUAAAAUUUAACGAUUAUAUUUAUAGUUUUUUAGAUGAAUACACAUUGGCAGAUGUUUAUGUGGGUGAAGAAAGUGAGUAUUAUGAAAAAUUCAAUGAGAAUCCUACUACAGGAAAUAUAGAUUUUACAGAAGAAUUUUCUAAACUGAAAUCUUUUUGUCAAAAAAUGCCGUAUAUUUGCAAUGUCUGUGAUUUUAGAUCUGAUUCGGAAGAAAAAAUGCUAAAACAUUUAUCAGUUUCUAGAAAAUGUAACAAACGUUUCUUUUUCUAUGACAUUAAUGAUAAAAAUAACUUUAUUAAAAACAGAUUAAGAUUAUUAGGAUUAAAAAAUAAAAUUAAAGAUAAUGAAAUUAUUAAAGUUGAACUAAAUGAUGAUGGAAUUAACAAAGUUAUUAAAGGUGCUUUAUUGUUUAAAGAAACAUCAGUUGCUAAAGAAUUAUGGUUAACAGAUAAAGAAUGGCAUGUGGGCAGGCUUAAAUUUUUAAAAGAGAAAAUUUUAUUUUUUUAUAAUUAUAAAUUUGUUUUUUAUGAUAAAAUAAAAUAA